AUUACGCCAGUUAUCUCUCCCUCUAAUCUUCUUACAAUUAUCUCCAUAACAACUGCUAAUAACUAAAUCAUUAUCACGAAUGAGGCUGAAUUCUUGACUUCUCCCUUGCUCUUCUGCUUCUUUCUCCUCCAAAGUUUGCUCUUCUCUCCCUGUAUACUGAUCCUCACCAGAUCAGGUCAUGCAUGAAAAUUGGCUCGGUAUCCUCCUGGAUCACUUUAUGCUUGUUGACCUGUACAUCUUGCAUCACUAUCCAAGCAACGAAGGCAUGCAAGUCCCAAAUUCCAAAAGCGCCAUAUCCCCUUAGCUGUUCUGAACCGAAAUACACCUACUCCCAAACGAUCACACCGACCCAUGCAACCUCCGUGCGUGUCGGGAUAAUCUUGUGACGCUAGCUGACUCAUGCAACUCCCGUGCGUGUCGGAAUAUAUUUUCGGAGCAAAUCCAUUAAGAAUUUAAGAUCACAUUGCCCGCGCUUUUUUCGUCUGCAUGCAAAACAGAGCCACUGCCCUCUACCUCCAUGGAAGAGAAGAAACCGCGGCGGCAGGGAGCCGCAGUACGCGAUGGCAUCGUGCAGUACCCGCACCUCUUCAUCGCGGCCCUGGCGCUGGCCCUGGUCCUCAUGGACCCGUUCCACCUCGGCCCGCUGGCCGGGAUCGACUACCGACCGGUGAAGCACGAGCUGGCGCCGUACAGGGAGGUCAUGCAGCGCUGGCCGAGGGACAACGGCAGCCGCCUCAGGCUCGGCAGGCUCGAGUUCGUCAACGAGGUGUUCGGGCCGGAGUCCAUCGAGUUCGACCGCCAGGGCCGCGGGCCUUACGCCGGGCUCGCCGACGGCCGCGUCGUGCGGUGGAUGGGGGACAAGGCCGGGUGGGAGACGUUCGCCGUCAUGAAUCCUGACUGGUCGGAGAAAGUUUGUGCUAACGGAGUGGAGUCGACGACGAAGAAGCAGCACGGGAAGGAGAAGUGGUGCGGCCGGCCUCUCGGCCUGAGGUUCCACAGGGAGACCGGCGAGCUCUUCAUCGCCGACGCGUACUAUGGGCUCAUGGCCGUCGGCGAAAGGGGCGGCGUGGCGACCUCCCUGGCGAGGGAGGCCGGCGGGGACCCGGUCCACUUCGCCAACGACCUUGACAUCCACAUGAACGGCUCGAUAUUCUUCACCGACACGAGCACGAGAUACAGCAGAAAGGACCAUUUGAACAUUUUGCUGGAAGGAGAAGGCACGGGGAGGCUGCUGAGAUAUGACCGAGAAACCGGUGCCGUUCAUGUCGUGCUCAACGGGCUGGUCUUCCCAAACGGCGUGCAGAUAUCACAGGACCAGCAAUUUCUCCUCUUCUCCGAGACAACAAACUGCAGGAUCAUGAGGUACUGGCUGGAAGGUCCAAGAGUGGGCCAGGUGGAGGUGUUCGCGAACCUGCCGGGGUUCCCCGACAAUGUGCGCCUGAACAGCAAGGGGCAGUUCUGGGUGGCCAUCGACUGCUGCCGUACGCCGACGCAGGAGGUGUUCGCGCGGUGGCCGUGGCUGCGGACCGCCUACUUCAAGAUCCCGGUGUCGAUGAAGACGCUGGGGAAGAUGGUGAGCAUGAAGAUGUACACGCUUCUCGCGCUCCUCGACGGCGAGGGGAACGUCGUGGAGGUGCUCGAGGACCGGGGCGGCGAGGUGAUGAAGCUGGUGAGCGAGGUGAGGGAGGUGGACCGGAGGCUGUGGAUCGGGACCGUUGCGCACAACCACAUCGCCACGAUCCCUUACCCGCUGGACUAGAGGGAGUGUGUAGUGUCCCAUUUGAUUUGCUGGUUUUAUAUUAGCAAGGAGGUGUAUCAGUUUAUGGUUUGCUUGUUCAUUGGGUUCGUGUGAUGAUCAUGUUGUGAAUUUGACGGUGGAUUCUUUUUCUUUUGUGACAAGAACUCGGAUCUUUAUAAAUGCUCACGAGAAGUACAAAGCAUAAUAAAAAUUAUAUCGAGGUUCUAGAACUGUAAUGCAAUUGUUUGAGUUUUCAUGUAUAUGAAUUGAUCAUGUUUUUUGAUCUAUUUGUACACCACCUCGACAUACGAGGACCAAAGAGUACAAGGACUUGUAGUUCUACGCGACGAGCUCAACCUCAAACGCAUUGCCAUCCCUUCUCUCCUUGAAAUAAAAAAUUAUAUAUUUUUUGCAGGGAAAUAAAAAAACAAUAUUGAUGUAUGCAUGGGCACGGCGUGCCGCCACGCCAGGGCGUUGGCCUUCUGCAGCUUGGCAUGUGUCCUCAUCUACUUGGUUGCCAUGCACAAGUCAAUCUAGAAGUUUUUUUAACUUUC